GAUUCGACGUUUCAGAAGGAGAACCAUAAUGUCACAGUUUUAAAGACUUUUAGUAAAUUAAUCAAAAUAUUCAAUUAUACAGUACAUAUGUACAAAUACUUGCGUAUUUUAUACUAGAUUAUGUCUAAAAAUAAGUUGUACGUUCGUAAUUUGGGUAAUCUCGAUGAUGACGAUUUAUUGUCUUUAUUUGAACCAUAUGGCGAAAUAGUUUCUUAUGAAGUAUUCAAAUAUCCUUCUGGACAUAGUAAAGGAUAUGGGUUUGUUCUUUUUUUGCAUGAGAAGAAUGCAGAAAAUGCUAAAAGUCAAAUGAAUGGUCACUUGGUUAAUUCAAAACCUCUUCAAGUUUCAUAUUUUCAAGAGAAGGAGGAAAAAACCAAUAAAGAUAGUGCGUCAUCUACAAAUCUAUCAUCGUUUCUAACUCAACCUUGUAUGAAUAAACUAUUUGUGACAAAUUUGGAUGAGAGAAUAAAUUCAUAUGAGUUAGAAAAACUAUUUGAAAAAUAUGGAACAAUAACAUUUUGUCGUGUUAUGGAAAAAAAUGGAAAAAGCAAAGGUUGUGGAAUUGUUGGAUUUUCUUCAGAAGAGGAAGCUAAGAAUUCUAUUUCAUUUAUGAAUGGCCGUACCUUCUACUCUAAACAGAUGAAAGUUGAUUUUUAUAAAGCUAAGGGGGAGCAGAAAUAUGAUUCAAGUCAAAAGAAUCCAUUUGGUUCCCAAAUAAACUUGGAGUCUUUAUCUUUGAGUGUUCCAAAAACAAAACCCUCAUGUUCAAAGAUACAUGUAAAAAAUUUACAUGAAGAUGCUGGUGAUAGUGAUUUAAAUAAUUUGUUUGAGCAGAUUGGAUCUAUUACUUCUUUUUAUGUUUUGAGAGACAAUUAUGGAAGAAGUAAAGGAUCUGGUGUUAUUAAAUUUUCUAAUGAAGAAGAAGCGUCAAAUGCAAUAAGAAAAAUGAAUGGAUUCAUAUUCAUGAAAAAGAAGCUUUGUGUUGAAUUCUUUGAAUGCAAAAAUAAGAAUAAAAAGCAGCCUAUUCCUGAUUUAAGAAUGAAGAAUCCGUUUGGUUUCCAAUUGAGCAUGGAAUCUCAGUCCUUGAGUAAUUCAAAAAAAGUAUUUGUAAAAAAUUUACAUGAAGAUGCUUGUGAUAGUGAUUUAAAUUAUUUGUUUGAGCAGUUUCGACCUAUUAAGUGUUAUGUGUUGAAAGAAAGAAAUGGGAGAAGUAAACGAUCUGGUGUUGUUGAAUUUUCUAAUGAAGAAAAUGCAUUUGAUGCAAUAAGAUUAAUGAAUAAUUUUGAGUACAUGUCUAAAGAGCUUUGUGUUGAACCUUGUAAAUCCAAAAAUGAGAGUAAGAAGGAUUCUAUUUCUGAUCCAGGGAUAAAGGAUCCAUAUGGCUCCCAAUCAAGCUUGGAUUCUCAAUCAUCGAUUAAUUCAAAAACACAAUCUUUGCCCUUGAAAAUAUAUGUAAAAAGUUUACAUGAAGAUGCUCAAGAUAGUGAUUUAAAUAAUUUGUUUGCAGAGUUUCGACCUAUUAAGUGUUAUGUGUUGAAAGAAAGAAAUGGAAGAAGUAAACAAUCUGGUAUUGUUGAAUUUUCUAAUGAAGAAGAUACAUUAAAUGCAAUAAGAAAAAUGAAUGGUUUCAUGUACAUGUCUAAACAGCUUUGUGUUGAAUUUGGGAAAUCCAAGAGUGAGGCUAAGGAUUCUAUUCCUGAUUCAAGGAAUAAGGCUAAGCCUUCCCAAAAAUCGGGAUCUUCACUUGAUCUGUCUACUAGACCUGUUCAAAAGCUUAAAUCUUCAAAAAAAAGUCGCAAAAAUGAAAAACUUUUUAAAUUGCGUGUAGAAAAUUUAGAUGACGAUGUGAACAACGAUGGGUUGCGUAGACUCUUUUCACCUUUUGGAAAAAUUAUAUCAGCAAAAGUUAUGACAUAUAACAAUGGUAAUAGUCAAGGAUAUGGAUUUGUAUCUUAUGAAACGAAUGAAGAAGCCAGCAAAGCAAUCAGCUCAAUGAACGGUGUUCAACUCUCUUCAAAGAAAAGUCUCGUUGUAGCUUAUUCCGAGCAAAAAGAAAAAUUAAAUAACGUUGAUGGAAACAAAAAUGAAGUUGAAAGGGAAUGUUGCGUUUGUUAUGGCGAUCUAUCUACCAGGAUUGCGUUUAUUCCUUGUGGUCAUACUAGUGUAUGCGAUGGUUGUGUCACACUAUUAAAUAAUAAAUGUCCUAUAUGUCAAAGGGAUUUCAUAACAUUCACAAAAGUGUAUAUUUAAUUCUUUUUUAGUUAUAAAUCUCUGUGAUAUAUUUUAAGUUUUAGUGAUUGUAAAUCUUGUGUCGAAUCAAUGUGAUAAAUAAUUUUUAUCCUUCUA